AUGUCAGCUACCUUCCCGGGACUGGUUCACGAUGCGGAGAUACGUCAUGACGGAUCAAACAGCUAUCGUUUGAUGCAACUUGGAUGCCUGGAAUCUGUGGCCAACUCUUCUGUUGCUUAUUCUUCGUCUUCCCCGCUCACAUACCCAGCUACAGGAACCGAAUUCGCCUCCCCUUAUUUCCCAACCAACCACCAGUACACGCCAUUGCACCAUCAGUCCUUUCAUUACGAGUUCCAGCACAGCCACCCGGCUGUCAACCCGGACGCUUACUCGCUCAACUCACUUCACCACUCGCAGCAGUACUACCAGCAGCUCCAUCACGGCGAACCGGCCGACUUUAUUAAUCUCCACAACGCCCGGGCCCUCAAAUCGUCCUGUCUGGACGAACAGCGACGGGAACUGGGCUGUUUGGAUGCGUACCGCCGCCAUGACCUAUCUCUGAUGAGCCACGGCUCCCAGUACGGCAUGCACCCCGAGCAGAGACUACUGCCCGGUGCGGGCUUGGGGUUGCCGCCACCGGGGGCCGAGGACCUGCAGGGAUCUGUGGACGCGCAGUGUGGACUCGUAUUGAAUGGCCAAGGAGGUGUGAUCAGGAGAGGAGGCACAUGUGUGGUGAACCCCACUGACCUGUUCUGUUCAGUGCCGGGUAGACUCUCUCUCCUCAGCUCUACCUCAAAAUACAAAGUGACCAUCGCUGAAGUGAAGAGACGCCUCUCCCCACCUGAAUGUCUCAAUGCGUCUCUGCUCGGAGGCAUUUUACGAAGAGCAAAGUCGAAGAACGGUGGUCGGUGUUUGCGAGAGAAGUUGGACAGACUGGGUCUGAACCUUCCUGCCGGGCGAAGAAAAGCUGCCAACGUAACACUGCUGACCUCUUUAGUAGAAGGUGAGGCGUUACACCUGGCUCGGGAUUUUGGCUACACCUGUGAGACUGAGUUUCCUACGAAAGCGGUGGGAGAACACCUGGCCCGACAGCACACGGAACCAAAAGAACAAAACGCCCGCAAGAAAAUGGUGCUGGCCACCAAGCAGAUCUGUAAGGAGUUCCAGGACUUGUUGAGUCAGGAUCGUUCUCCCCUGGGUUCCUCCAGACCCACACCCAUACUGGACCUCGACAUCCAGAGACACCUCACACACUUCAGUCUUAUCACACAUGGGUUCGGCACACCGGCCAUCUGUGCAGCUCUGAGCACCUUUCAGACUAUUCUGAGUGAAAUGCUCAACUACCUGGAGAAACAUUCGGCCAAUAAGAGCACAGGAACCCCCGACGGCAGUCAGAUUAACGCCUCGGACAAAACGCCUCUUCGCAAAACGGCUGAGCCUCAGACAAAAGACAGCAAACUUGAGAAAACAGAGUAA